GCCACGGCUAUGGCUGCUGCUCCCGCUGUUGCUGGUGCUGGUGGUGAUGAAGUGAGUUGCUGUUGCUGUUGCUUUGGGCUCGGUGCGACUCUUUCCUCCCUCCCCUUACCUGUGCUUGACCCCUUCCGUUGUUCGCCUCAUUUCCUGGUUCUCUGGCUCUCUCUUUGAUUACAAGGAAUCUCGCUGGCGGGCCAAAUCAGGCGGCCCACUGUUCAUGUUGGAGCGUCGUUGAGCAUUUGAUGUUUUCUCUUGAGGAGGAGGAGGAGGAGGAAGGGGGAUGGGGAGUGGGGGGGCUUUUUGAUCCAGUUAGUGUUGUCGCGGUCGUGGAGGCGGGGAGGCAGAGGCCGGGGGGAAAGAGGGAUUAAGGAGUGUGCCGCGCGACGGUGGUCGACCGAUCUGAUGAGCCCCUACAGGAGGUCAGACUUUGUGUUUCUCGCGGACUCUUUCGUGUGGAGCAGUUCUAACCCGGGGUAAAGUUGCGCGGCGGUGGUACGAUGCUGGCGUCUCUUUGGUAAUGGCUGGGAAGUAUGAGGAAUUUGAUUUCUGGUUGUUGGAUUUUUCUAUCGGAGGUGGCGCGAAGUGGGACUACUUGAACGGGAGCGAUCUUAGUAGGAGGGGUUGAGUUUAGAUUGGAGGUGAGGUGAGACGAGGGUAGGAAAGGGAAGGUGGAGCGGGGGUUUGUGUGAGUGUGAUAAGAAAAAGUGUGUCGAAGUGGCUUAGGAAAAAAAAAGGAAGAAAGUGAGUAGAGGAUGGCUACUUUGUUGAUUCGCGGGCCUGAGCUGGCUGCAGUUGAAAAGUUAUCAAUGGCGAGUAGAGAGCAGGGGCGGCUGCAGCAGGAGAAGGCAGGUACUCAUGGGGAGCACGAAGGCCUUCACCGCAAGGUUUCAUCCGAGGGGCGGGGUAGGGCACGAAAGGUGAAGAGCGCGCAGAAGAAACAGCCACAGAGGGGACUGGGAGUUGCGCAACUGGAGAAGUUGAGGAUGCAGGAGCAGAGCAAGCAGGAGGAGAGCAAGCAGGAGCAGAGCAAGCAAGAGCAGAGCAAGCAGGAAGCGGUCUGUCUUGCAUCGUUUCAAGGGUUCCCCCCUUUUGGUUUCAUGGAUCAGAAUGGAGGCAUGAAAAAUGGCACUAUGUCGCACCAGCCAGUUCACAGCACAGCUUUUUCCUUCUGCAAUGACCGGACUGGGCCCUCCGACAAGUUGCAUUACCUCAGCGGAGACGGACGUCAGCUCAGUAAAGUUGCUGUGGACGGAGAGACGUUUCGGGCUAUCAUGUCGUUCGCGAACGUUGACCACUCCACUACGGGGUCAUUUGCACGCCGUGCCCGAGGCGGACAAUCUGCAGCUCUCAUGUUCGCCCAGAAUCGGGAAAUCAGGGACCAUUCUUAUGGAUGUAAUUCUAUACGGACCGUUUCUAGCUUGGGCUCCUUGUCUGAGAGACCUGGAAGUAGAGGUCAAGGUUCGUGUGAGACCAGUGUCUAUGUGGAGGGUUCUUCUGGCAAGCUACCUUCAUGUGCUCAGGCUUGUCUUGGCUCUCCUCCGAGUUCCACAGCCAAGUCGUCCUUACUCUCCAACUCAUUCCCUGCAGGGGCCAACCUAGUCGAUAGUCUCGCAUCGAACUUGGAGCACGAGGUACAGCGGUUAUCAGAGGUGGAUAGGGAGUCCGUUCACAUGUUCCAAGUCACCAGUAAAGGUGUUGGGGAUGCUGGGAUGGUUGAUACGAAGCUCUUUCCAGCAGUUGGAAGGAAUAGUGCAAUGUCUGUCUUUACUCCGAGCAGUCUACAGUGUUUUGAAUCCUCUUCAGGUCCUGCCAAAUUACGCCGCCUCCCACAAGAUCGUGCUGAAGUACCGGUGACUGGCGUUGCGAUUAAUUGUGGCCGACCAAAGGAGCUCUCUUCUUUCCAAAGCUUUUCAAGCAAUAAUACAUGGUCUGCUACUGAGAAGGUACCUGGGCAAAAGCGACCAUGGUACGAUAUCAAGGAGGAUACUUGCAAGUCGAUGCACUCUGAGGAUCUGGAUCUGAAUGCGCCCGCCGGCGAGGUUCAGGUAGCACAGAGUGGUUGUUAUGGUGGUGUAUCCGAUGGACACGUGAGUCCAGUGGGAGUUCAUCACACAACUGGAGUAUCUGGGGGUGGCCCUAGUAACACCUUACUUCUCCUGAAGGACAAAGCGUGUGCACCAUGGCAAGAAAAUUAUACUCAAAACUUAAGCAUAAUCACGGACGUGGGCUUCCAUUCCGUAGAAUCUUUCUUAAAAGUUAGCUGCCCAUCUAAAUCCAAGAUCAAGGAUUGUUGCUCAAGUGUGUGUUCUCCGUGUGGGUCGCCCGUCACCAGACAGAGAUGCCUUUCAAGUCCCGACGUUCCAAUGCUGACGGGAGCUGAAACAUCCGGUGACUUUCUUACUCUUGGGAUCAGUAGCCGCUCAUAUCCCACUAGUCCGCAAUUUGGAGUUGAAGUGGACAGCAAGGAAUCAAUGAGCCCUGAAGAGGGCAACCAAGUGAAGCGGAUGAGGAAUUCUCAAGCGCUGGAUAGCGCACUACAUCUUCAAAUGUUUUACCGUCACGAGGAGAGUGCUCCCUCUGUUAUGGGCGGCAUCUAUUCUCCUUCUUGCACAGACACCAGUCUCUUCAGUGCCGUAGGCCUCAGCUGCAGAUUCACAUCCACCUCAUCCAGCAACGUGACAGAGGACUGCCACAAACAAACUGGAAGACAGGAGAAGCGAGAGUUCUUGGAUUUAAAUCUCAAGCUGGCGCUGUAGUUUUUUCUUUUCUUCUUUCUUUUAUUGUCCUAUUUUGGGGGGGAUGUCUGAGUGGAGUAAGGAAAGAGUGAUGGAUGCGUUAAGAUAAUUCUAUUUUGAUACAGAGAACACUUGCUGAGAUAAUUUGAGCUUGUGAUGGUUGUAAUUAUUAAGGACAACCAAGCAUCUCACCGGAAGCAGCAUGCAGAAAAGGGAUGUGGAUUGUCCUGCUGCUACGUUUUGUACAGGAGGAUGCGUGAGUAUUAUUUAUUGUAUCAUAGUACAAAACAAUCUCGUACCAGUCAAAGCAUAUGCGAAAGGUUUCUCUUUCCCUUUUUCCUUUUCCCCCAUGUUAGUUACAGCCAUUCUUUUGUCUAAUGUGAAUAAUCCUUAAAUGCUU